AUUAGGGGUGUCAAGGAUCUGAGCUCCACAUUUUCCCCAAAGCAGAUAGAGCUGCCCGUGAGGCUGAACGCAUUUGACUCAUCCGGACGAGACAAGGUACUUUAACGAUGAUGGAGCAAGCUUCUUACUAUUACAGCAAUAUCACUGAUCUAAUCAACAAUGACUCCUUGUAUGACGACGACGAGUACUACAGGGAUGAUCACGAUCAUAGCAGCAAAGACGAGCACUCUGAGCUGAGGAAGUCCCUCACCAUAAUGUCCCUCAUCGUCUACUCGCUGGCCUUUGUCUUGGGCGUUCUCGGGAAUGGAGUGGUUAUCUGGGUGACUGGCUUCAAGAUGAAAAAAACGGUCAACACGAUUUGGUUCCUCAACUUGGCCAUUGCUGACUUCCUCUUCACGGCCUUCUUACCGCUCAGUGUGACAUAUACAGCUAUGGACUUCCACUGGCCAUUUGGCAAGUUCAUGUGCAAGCUGAACACCACCAUCAGCUUCCUGAACAUGUUUGCCAGCGUCUACAUUCUGGUGGUGAUCAGCGUGGAUAGAUGCGUGUCCGUUGUCUGGCCUGUCUGGGCGCAGAAUCACAGGAAUUUGCGUAAGGCUUCAUGUAUCAGUCUGUGCGUUUGGGCGUUGGCUUUGAUCCUCAGCGCUCCGUACUUUGUCUUCAGGGAUACCGGACCGUCGUACGAGGAUGAGAACAUCAUCCACUGCUUCAACAAUUUUGCUAUGUCUGAGGACAGUGAAAACCAAUCUGUCCGUGAGCUGCAACUUUUCCGCCACAAGGCCAUGGUCAUCACUCGCUUCCUCCUGGGCUUCGUCAUCCCCUUCAGCGUCAUUGUCUCCUGCUAUGCCGUCAUAAUCCACCGCCUUAGGCGAAACCGUACGCUGGCCAACCAGUCCAGCCGCUCUUUCAAGAUAAUUGCCGCUAUUAUUGUUACAUUUUUCCUUUGCUGGGCUCCCUUUCACGCCAUGGGUCUGUUGGAGAUGGUGAGCAACAUGGGAAAUCACUUAAAUGAGAUGCUGUUCCACAUCAUCAUAAUCGGAGUCCCGAUCGCCACAAGUCUAGCCUUUCUCAACAGCUGUCUGAACCCGCUGCUGUAUGUGUUCAUGGGCCAGGACUUUAAGGAUAAAGUUCGCAAAUCCAUCCUGAAGGUCCUGGAGAAUGCUUUCCAAGAGGAGGUGUCCCGCUCUUACACCUACACAAACUCAAUGAUCACCAUUCGAAGCAAAGACAAAUCACUCUCUGACGCCGAGGUGUGAGACUGUCAUGGACACCUUAGCUGUACAAUGUAAAUGCUACUGUAAAUAUAAAAUCAUUUUUAUCUACUAACCAUGUAUUCUACUUUGCUUUGAAUGCUUAGUUUUGCCUCAAAUUAUAAUCGACAAUCACUUUUUAGUUUUGGUUUUGAGCUACAAAACAUGAAUUCCAACUACAUUGGCCAAAUAAUGCAACCUUUUGCCAAGUCAAAGAGAAACUGGGUUGCAGAAAGUUAUUUCACCAGCUUCCUUUUCUGUUUUAACUUGGAAACCAGAAACUUUGAACUUGACACAUGAUACUGUCCACAGUGGUCAUCUGUGGGUUUUCACCACCUGUGAACUAGAACAAAGUGUGCAGUUUCAUUAUGUCUUCAUCACAACUUGGGUCAACAGCAAAUAGUUUCAUCUGACAGCUGCUGUCAUUCAUAUUUGUCACCUGUCAUUAAUACCUUCUUAGUCACUGAUUGCUGACAGCAUGCUGUCUGCUGCAUGCUUCAAUAAAUAUUUAAUUGCCUAUUCUAUCAAGCAUGAAAGAAAUAUGACAUUGAUAAAUGAUGCUUAAAAUUCUAGCUGAAUUAUAAUUAUAUUUGCCCCAAUUUCUAUGCAUUUUAUCCUAAAGACUAUAAACUAACUGAAGGGGGAGGAGCUGGAGAAGGCAUAAAAAUCCUCUGGAUUUUAUUCAUAUUAGAAAAUGUGCCUUUUUUUUGCUAUAUUGAUAAUUAUGUGAUCAUGAUUAUGUUACGGUAUGUAAUAUGUUAAACAUCAAGUUUGACUUGUCUUUCAACACAGUCAUUUUUAUACCUUUUUCAGCACUUGUUUUAGUUGUACUGAUAGCCUGAUAUGAGUGAUGAUGAUUCACUCAUAUUAGUGAAUCAUCAUUCAUUUCCACAUCAUCACUCAUUUCCUCUAUGAGUGAUGAUAACUCAUCACUCAUAGUGGAAAAAUAAUUAUUUUUGAGUUGUAACUAAAACUGAUCUGCAUAUCUGUUAAUGACAUAACAAUUUAUCAUGAGGCAGCUUAAAGCACAUCAAACUUCAAUGCUUUUAAACGCCACUAGAGGGUGCUGUUUUAUUUUAUUUUUAAAUCAGCAAGUCAUCGAUGGAGUCUAUGGGCGACCUUUUCUCAUUCAUACAUUAAAACCAGCAGUUAUUGACAUUUUGUCUGUCACAAAUAAAAGAAGAAACCUCAAUGUGUUUGUUAUAGCUGUUCUACAUGUAGGCUAACAAGACAUUGCUAGUUAUUUUUGAAUGUGUGACAUUACAAACUACAAGUCUAAAAAAUUGUUUCCAAGUUCAGUUUCUUCUAUAUCAUUCUGUCUUCUUAGAAUAUGUUGUUUAUUUUUACAAUAAACCAAUAUUGUUGUAUACAUUU